AUGGCUUUCAAGUCUGCCACCGCUCUCGCCCUGCUGGGUGCGUCCUCUGUCGAUGCCUUCUUCCGCAUGGAGUGCCGCGGUUCAACUGGCCUCGCCAGAAUGGAUCCGAUCAUGGAUGCUGGCACUGUUAGUGGCCAUGUGCACACCGUUCAUGGCUCCUCCGGCUUCUCGCUGAGCGCGACCUUCGACGACCUCCGAAACGGACAGUGUACUUCAUGUGCUGUUGAGGACGACUUGUCUGCUUACUGGACUCCUGCGCUCUAUUGGCAUGAUUACGAUACCGACGAGUUCUCCAUCGUCCAGCAGGUUGGUGGUAUGCUUGCCUAUUAUCUGCAGCGCGGUGACAACGUCACGGCCUUCCCUGCCGGGUUUCAGAUGAUCUCAGGAAGCAACUACCGUCGCGACUACACCGUCGGAGACCCAGCCUCCCCUGAUCCUCCCCAGUCCAACUGGGCUAUGCUCAAGCAGACAGGUCAGGACGAUCUGGCACAGCGCGCGCUUGGUUUCAAUUGCUUGAACUACAAGAAGGACCCAGAGGCCUCUCUCUUCCGUCACUACAUGCCCGACAAGGAGUACCUCGAUGCCAAUUGCCCGGAUGGCCUGAGACUCGAACUCAUGUUCCCUUCGUGCUGGAACGGUGAGACCACCAGUGCUGAUCACAAGAGCCAUGUUGCGUUCCCCGACUUGGUCGGCAACGGCAACUGUCCCGACACCCACACACAGCGUCUGGUCACUCUCUUCUACGAAACCAUCUGGGCUACUGCAGACAGCGCUUUCGGCAGUAACGGAGAGUUCGUUAUCUCCAACGGCGACCCCACUGGUUUUGGCUACCAUGGGGACUUCAUGGCUGGCUGGGAUCCCGAGUUCCUCCAACAGGCUCUCGACGAGUGCACCAACGACUCUGGCUUACUAAGUGACUGCCCCGUUUUCACGAACAAGGCACCCCUUAAGUCGGAAGACGAGAUGAGACAGUGCAAAUUCGACGUGCCCCAGCUUCUUGCCAAGGAGAACUGUGCUGCAACUGACAUGAAGGAGCUUCCUGGCGGCGUCCAAGUGCAGGCUGGUCCGGAAUCUGCCACCCCACCUGGUGACUCAGACUCGUACCCGACUGCACGCAUUACCAGCGACUCGACCACAUCUAAAUACAGUGCCCCAACGCUCACCUAUUCCCCUGCGGCUUCCUCCUCCACUGCACCUAUGGGCGGUGCUUUCCUCGAGACUUCUGAGUCUUCUGCUGACGAUGUCAACGUUCUUGCCACUUCGUCUUCGUCUUCGAGCUCGAGCACUGCAAUUGCCCCAGCGACUACUGUAGCUCCGGUUGUCGCAUCCGAGCCCGGUGUCUCCUACGAAGUGGUCAGCACCCAGACAGUCACGACCGGUGUCCAAGUGGAAGAGAUUGUCUGGAAGGAGCCGAUCGUCUAUGUCACAGAGGAUACUGUCACGACUGUGACUGUUUCGUCGCAGGAGCAGAAGCGGCGUCGCGACCACGCUUGGCGACACCGCCAUGGUCGUGGGCAGUAA